UCAGCUAUGAGGAGCUUACUCUCGGUCCUUGUGAUCCUUGUCUUGCUCUCCUAUGUUCCACCAGUUAGAAGUGGAUUAAAUAUGUACAUAAGAAGAAUCUAUUCUACAUGCUGGCGAUUGAAAGGUGUUUGCAAGAGAUCAUGUGCAAAAAAAGAAGUAUACCAUAUUUUGUGUGAUACUGCAACUCUGUGUUGUAUUAGCGCAAAGGAUUUACCUCCACUGGUUGGGAAAUAGUGGUAUCUGAGGUUCCUGCUGAUUUCCUCUGGGUACCCAGAUCCUCCUCAGUUGCAUCAUUCCAUUAAA